AUGGACCGAUUCACUCCGCAGCAUUCCUCAGAGCUCGCGCGUCGCUGCGUCUUCAGCGACCUGCUCGGCGAGGGCCAGUCGGGCCGCGUGUGGCGCUGCGUGGACCGCGCGACGGGGGAUGCCUUCGCGUGCAAGCAGGUGAACAAGCGCGGGCUCUCCCCCACGGCGGAAGCGGACCUCCAGCGCGAAAUUACCCUCCUAAUCAUCCUCCAAGGCCACCCUAACAUGCUGCGACUCGACAGCUUGUACGAGGACACGAAAGCCGUCUACAUUCUCACGGAGCUCUGCGACGGCGGCGAUCUCUUCGGGCUGCUCGCGGACCAUCCGCGCGGGCUCGACGAGCGCACGGUUGCGCGGAUCUUCGCGCAAGUGGCGCGCGCCGUGCAGUGGUGUCACGACCACCGCGUCGUGCAUCGGGAUAUCAAGCCCGAAAACAUCCUCAUUUCGCGCCGCCACCGCGGCCGCCGCCAAACGGGGCUUUCCGCCGUUUCCGCGGACGCCGCCGCCGCCGGCGCAGUGGAGGAGGCGGAGUACGACGUGCGGCUCGGGGACUUCGGCCUCGCAUACCAGCUUCCGCGCGACAAGUGCAUUGUGGGGCUCGCGGGGAGCGCACCGUACGAGGCGCCCGAGGUGCUCGCGCGCGCGCCGUACGGGUGCGAGGCGGACGUGUGGUCGCUGGGCGUGCUGCUGUACGCGCUGCUCUCCGCCGCCUGGCCCGCGUUUCGCGCGGGUGAGCGGAAACUCGUCCCCGCUGAGGACUUUGGGAUCGGAUAG